CCCAUUUUAUGUGGGUUUCAAAAUUGCUUAUCCACCACACCUCUCAACAAGCACAAAAUUUACAGCUUUCGCGCCGCCACCUCCACCAAAACCUCCGGUGGCGCUCCACAAGGCCUUCCUUCCACACUCGCGGCGUUUGAACUGAACAUACCCAGAGAAAGAAAGAAACCUCGCAUACACUUUAGAAUCUGCACAAUUUUGUUUCCCCCUGAUUCUAAUCUUUUCUGGUCCGAGUUUCCAAGAGAAGAAAAUGAGGACAUCCUCACUUCGUUUAGUCCGAACUUAGACUUGUUUGCUAUUAGUACUGUCGAUGGCCGAAUAAAGAUAUGGGACACGGUAAAGGGUCAAGUCCAGACCGAGUUUGCAGAUAUUGCUUCAAACGAGACAAGUAUAUUCGGGAAAAAAGAAGAAGGGCACCUUUCAAUAGACUACACAUGUAUGAAGUGGCUACCUCUGGAUAAAAAGAAAAAAAGAAAACUUGGAUGCUCCCUUUUGGUGCUGGGAACUGGUGGCGGUGAUGUUCUUGCAUUGGAUGUCUCUGCUGGUCAAUUGAAGUGGAGGGUUAACAAUUGUCACCCAGGGGGAGUCAGUGCUGUUUCUGCACCUUCAUCCGCCUCACGUGUUUAUACUGCUGGUGCUGAUGGAAUGGUUUGUGAACUUGAGUCAAUGUCUGGAAACUUAUUAAACAAGUUUAGCUCUACUUCAAGUGCAAUAUCUUCUCUAGCUAUUUCCCCAGACGGCAAAAUGGUAGCAACUGCAGCAGGUCAAUUGAAGAUUCUCAAUUCCUCAAACCAUAAAAAACUGCAGAAAUUUUCUGGUCAUCCUGUCCCUGUAAAAUGCAUGGUUUUCUCAGAAGAUGGAAAAUAUGUUCUGUCGUCUGCUCAGGGCGAACGAUAUAUUGCAGCGUGGAAAAUUGAUGGCACGAAAACAAAAUCAUCCUCUUUUAUUCUUGCAAUGGACCACCCUGCUGUCUUCUUGGAUACCUGGUGUUCCAAUGGUGAAAAUACGGGCCUAUCUAUUCUGGCGUUAUCAGAAAUUGGUGUUUGCUAUUUCUGGCAUGGAAAGACCAUUGACGAGCUUCGUGAUUCAAAGCCCACAAAAAUCUCUGUACAAUUUGAUGAUGGAGUUAUAAAGAAAAGCAAAGGGACUAUUCCUAAUGUAUUUGCCGCAAAAUUGCAGAAUGUUUCCACUGCCGCUAGUGGUCACAUUUUUCUUGCCCAGGGUUUUAUCAUAAAACCUUCAUUUGAGAAAGUUGUAGUGCAAUCUGGGACAGAUGUAAAAUUAAAUGUUUCACAGGAUGGUGCUUUUUUGCCCGUGAUUACUGCUCUAGAUAGUUCGAGCACUGUGGGGGCUUUACUUCCUGUGCCUAAGAUGUUUGGUCUCAAAGAUGGAAAUGUUGGAGCAAAGACUGUGGGAAGCAAAGAUGAAGGUGGUUUAGAUGAGUCGACUCUCUGCAUGGAGGACCGUCUAAGAUCCUUAGGGAUACUUGGAAAUAUUGAUGAUGCACUUGGUUCAACAAUGGAUUCUAAAAGUUUCAAGGGCAUUGAUCUUGAUUCCUCCACGCCUCAUAAGAAGUUGAAAGCUACUGUCUUGUCUAUGGAAUCUGGUGAUGCACUUACCCAGUUAAAGAGCUUGGUAAAUGUUUGGCAGUCCAGAUCCCACAGUGCCAAGCGUGUUCUUCCAUGGAUAUGUUGCAUAUUAGUUUAUCACGGUGAUUAUAUCAAAUCUGAGGAACCCAAACUCCUCGACUACUUGUAUAAGGUUGCCAAAUCAAGAGGUUCAGCCAUAAAGUCUUUAUUCCAGUUGUCUGGUAGUCUGCAACUUGUGUCAGCUCAGAUUAACAGGGCCUCAAAUAUCAAACAACCUGUCCUGGAAGGAGAUGAGCAAAAGGACGGAAGUGAAGACGAAGAGGUUGAUGAAGUCGUUUAUGGACUCGAUGAAGAUUCUCAAACGGGCAGUGAGAGUGAUGAUUAGGAGCCAUCAUCAGAGGCUUGUGGAACAAUGGGGGAGAAGACCUUAGAAUA